AUGAGGCCUAAUCAUCCAUAUAGUAUAACAUUUCCAAUAUGGUAAUGUGAACAAUGGACUGCAUUAAGAGGAAGGUUAAAACUAUCUGAUGAAUAAGUGAUAAUAGCAAGAUGGAAUAAUACAAUGUAUUUAGAUGAAGAAUUAGCGUUUUUUGAUUCUUAACACCGAAUUAAACCAUCAAAGGAUAAUAAGUUGUUAAAACCUCAGAUUUGUUUACUUCCUUAAAUAUUAUAGAUAGUAAGAACUAAUACAUAUACGGAUGUUUUAAUAGAGAAUGUAUCUGAGUGGUUUUUAACUAGCGGAGAUCUAUCAAAAUUAUUAUUAAUAUAUUUUGGAUAUGAUCUAUACACAGGAUGUACUCCAAGAGAUUGUACUUUAGAGAAUAUAAUAAGAAAUAAUGAUUCAAUAGUAAUUCUAGAUUUUGGUUUGAGAAAGAGAACAGAAAAGUAUUGCGUAUAUUGGAAUCCUCUAAUUCUGAAGGGAAAGCCUUGUAGAUCUUCUUAUUAAUGGUCUUUAGGGAUUAUGUAUUUAGUAAUGACAUAAGGGAAUUACAUUCUUAAUGAAGUUUAAAAACAUAUAAAUUAAUGGUUAAAAGGAGGGAGAUUGGAUAUUGGGUCUAUGAUAACAAAUAAAAAGUAAUCAGUCCAAAAUUUAAUAUCUUCUCUUUUAGAUCCAGAGAAUCCUAUUGCUUGGAAUUAAAUACCAAAUCAUCCAGCGUUUAGAGAAGAUAAUGCUUGCAUAUAAAUUCUUAAAGAGUUUUAGAAUAGAUGUAAUAAAACUGAAACAAAAGGACGAUCGACAUCUAGAAUGAAUAGUAUUGAUGAAAAUAGCAAUUAGAUUAGUAUUAUGCCAUGUCCUUAUGGAUUAAAGAAUCCUAAAAUAUGUGA